UGACAGCCAAUUCACCAAGCUGCAAUGAGACGCGCGUGGAUAUUUCACCAAUGAAAAAUGGAGAAAAGCAAUAUGGCUGCCUGCGCUAGUAUUUCGUAAAUACGUAUUAAUGCUGACACACCUUUAUUUUAUCAUGCAUUGUGCAGUUAACAUUACAUGACGAAUAAUGUGGUUUUUUUUUUGACAAGAUUAGUCUACGUACCUAUGUGAUGAAUGAUAAUAAUAUUUAUUGAUUAAUAUUUUGUUGUUUUAUCUUCCGAUUUCCCGGUUGUAUAGUAUCGUUCGUAUCAACCAAACUUUCUUUUCGCUUAAAACACGCAGACUUCGUGUUCGUUCUACGAUCAUUAAGUCAGUCGCCGCCGCCGCCGACGUUUUGUUUUCGCAUACCGUCGGCGUGCAUGGAAAAACUGUAGCUGCGGCUAGCGUAACUGUAAUAUCAAGACUCGUUUAGCGAUUCAUCGACCUCAAGAUUGUACGCACAAUAUAAUCCAACUUUCAUCGCCGUUGUUUCGGGUGUGUUUUAUUUACUUUAUUAAUAGUCUAUUAAUUCUAUGUUCAAUAGUGUUUUUGAUACGAAUUACCAUAUUAUUGUAUCAUUGGACGACUAAAUAACCUUAUUAAACGACGCCAACAAUCAGUAUAGCCGGUAUUAGUCAUAAAUAUUUGUUUUUUAUUUUCAACGCCCCGGGGUAGAGAAUAUAGAUAAGAUAAUUUCUAUAUUUCAGUUUAUAAUAAUAUCCUUAAUAUUCCCAGCUUCGCUGACUGCAGACAAGCACGCAAUCUUUCUUUCAUUUACAACAUCCUUUCAGGUAAAACUGAUUCUCUUUGACUCCUUUCUUUAAUUACCCAACUUUAAAGUCCCUCCCAUGCGAUAUUCCCUACUCUCAGAUGCUAUUUCUUAAUUACUCCCCAAUAACCCAGCUCAUGCGCACCGCCAACGUAGACCCAACGUUCUCGAUUUCUCAAUAACAUUUUUAUGUCUGGUAAAUAUAUGCACUAUUGAUGUACCUCUAUUUCUCGGUCCUCGGCCUGUGUUAUUAUUAAAAUAAAUAAUUAAAUAAAUAAUUAUGCUACUUAUUACUUAUAUCAUAUUAAUUAUCUAUUAUAUUUGAUAUUGGAGAAGUUACCUACUUUUAAAAAUUACAAUGUUACAAAACUAAUACAAGUGUAACCAUCUAGGUUACAUUUUAACUACUCAAAAGUAACUAUCUACUUGGUAAAGUACAAUAAUGUCUGUUUUAUCGGUGGUACUAGGUAUUUAUUUAAAUAACUUUAAAAAACUAUGCCUACUGAAUAAUGUUGGCAUAUAUUAUAUUUAUUAUAUUCAUAUUUUGUUUAAUAAAGCUUAUCAGUUGGUGGCUUAUUCAUUUAAUUUGUUGUUCAUAAUCAUAUUUUACAAAUUUUUACAGUCAAGCAUUCAAUCAACAAUAUUUUCAGUAGAAUAUAAUUUUGCUAGGUAUUUGUAGGAUACACCAGUAUUACCUAAGUAUUACUGUGUCAUGAAAUUGUUAUCGCGCAAAUUAAUUUAGCAAAGAAAAUGUGAAAAUAUUUUGCAACCUUGUUACUUGAAAAAGUAGGUUCUUAACCACAUUCAAGUUAAUGGUACUUAAUGUUUCAUCACUACCCAACAAUAGUUAUAAUAUGAAUCCGUACGAAGCAGAUUUAUUUUUCAGUUAUAGGUACUAGAAAUUUGCUACCUAUAUUGAAGAAAAUAAUUAUUGGACUUACAUAUUAUCUAAAUGUUUUUGAACUAUAAGAAUAACACAAUUAAGAAAGGUCACAUGAAAUAAAACCAAGUACCUAUUUUAUCUGUUUCAAAAAACUACCUAUAAUAUUUAUAUAACAUUAAAUUUUAUAGUUAAGAUUACUAAUUACUAAGUAAUCGUAAUUUAUAAACAUUAAUCACUAUAUUAUUUAUUUGAAUAAAAGUAGUAAAAUAAUUUGUCUUUUUUUUUUUUGAUUAACAAACAAUUUCAUUAUAAGAAUAAUGAAACAAGACAAUUUGAUUAAAUUGUAUGAAUAAAUGCUAAACUGAAAAAUCUUUUAUUUAUUGCGGUUGGAAGUAAGUUUUGUAUUCGCUUAAAAAAUAAUUUUCUGUCAAACCGUUUGCUGCUGGUGUACAAACAAAACUGAAAUGACAAUAUCUAUGUUAAGAUAAAUUUUGUGUAAACCAGUUUCUCUAAGUGAUUUAUAUAAUUGAAGAAUUAACAAAUUAUUUCUUUGUUUAUAAUAUGGACUUGAAGACAAAUGUAUUUAUUUUGAACAUUUUCUUUAAUAUAUUUGUUGUAAGUUAUAUAUUCCACUUUUGUACUUAAGAUUAUCUUUGAUAUAGAAUAAAUUUGCUGAUCAGAUAUAGCAGUGUCCUAUUUUGAGGAGAUGCCUUGACUCCUGGGAAUACUUUUUCUCCACAAAUAUUAACAUUACUUUAUCACAAAUUCAUACCUGAUUAUAAUACGCCUUAAAAUCUUAUAAGCCGUAUAUUACACAUAGUUUUUUCUUGUAAAAAAUUUUAGGAUUGCUUCUUAAACUUUUGAUUAUAAUAAAAUUAUGACAAGAAUAAAUUAUAAACGAUUAGACUGAAUAAAUUAUCAGUUUAAUUAAUUUUGUAUGUUUGUAUAUAUUCACAAUCUAUUUGUGUAAAACACAUAAACCUAAUAUUAUUAUUAUUGUUUGGUAAUCUACAAUUAUUAUUAAUCCAUGAUAGAAAUUUAAAAGCAAUUUUAAAAUAUUUUGUCAUCCGUAAACAAUAUUUUGGGAUACUUCAGUAAUGAAUAGAAUUAGAAAAUAUAUUAGAGGGGUAGAACCCCCAGGACCCCACCCUCAAAUACGCCACUGACAUUUAGAUUAAACCAUUUUAAAUUAAAUCCAAAACUAAACCAAAUUAAUAUGCUGGGUCCUGAACUGUUAGUGUUAGUUAUUUGUAAUAUCUUUAAGUAUUAAAAGUAAUAAUGUGUCAGACAUAACCAGAUUCCAAUAUAAUCCAAUAUAUAUCUAAAUUAAUUUUAUUUAGAUUAACCGGAUAAUCCGAAUAAUUUGAAUGUCUUAAAUCAUCUGUAGUGCAAAUAGGGUAGGGGCCAACUCCAAAUAUCUCUGUUGAUUUUAAUAGUUUGCAAUCCAGAAUUUUUCUCAAUUAUAUUAGUAAAUUUCUGUUUGACCAUUUCACCUAACCUUUAAUUUGUCUACAAAUUUAGAUCAUGUAGAAUAAAAAAAAUGGCAAAUUUAUUAAUCUUGUCGUUUUGUGUAAAGUAGAUAGUGUUUGUUGUCAUCAAAAAUCAAUGAUUCAAUCAAAAAUUAUUAAAAUAUGUAAAAUUAAAUGAGCUUAUUUAAGAACGAUAUAAAUGUUACACAUGUUUAUAAGAUUAAAAAUAUUUUAUUCCAAUAAAAUCCGUUACUUAGUUAUAUUUAAAGACCGGAUUUAUAUUCUUUUAAAACACCAAAAAUAUGAUGCUAAUAUUCUCAAAAAAACCUUAAAAUAUUCUCAUUACAUUCUUUUAGAAGUUUGAAAAAUAUGCAAAAUUAAUCAAUGAACACCAAUAUAUGCUUUAAUAUGCAAUCUUUUGUUUUACAACAUUCCAUAAGAAAUUGGUAACACUUGCAUAUUAAAAUAAAAUAAUAGUGCACUUAAGUAAGAGUAAGAAUAUAAUAUAAAUAUAACAAUAUAGGUAAUUUAAUUUUUAAAAACUUAAAAACUACACUACACGUGAUUGGAAAAGUGAACAACAAAAUAUUUGGACAUUUAAAUAGUUGAUAAUGAUUAAUGAUAAACAAAUACAUUUAUGUUAUUAUCAGUAUAAAAACAACUGCCAGCAUUGCAAGUUAAUCACUAUGUUUAGUAAACGGUAACUUAUAAUAAGUAGGUACUACAACACUAAACCAUUUUAUCAAAAUAAUACAAAAAAAAAAAAAAUUGUAAAUUUUCAAAAUAUAUUUUUCCAGGCACCGUAUUAUUAAAAUUAAUAUUUUUUUCUCACAAUUUACAAAAUAUGCAAAAUAAGCUAAAUAUUCCUUAACCCAUGAAAUAUUCUCAAAUAUGCAAAAGAAACUUUUUUCUACAAACUCAAAAUUGAACGAAUCAUCAACAUUUAUUACUCUCAUGAGAUUGUAUAAGCUUAGUAACAAUAUGUAAAAACAUAUAAUUCCAGUCUUUAGUUAUAUCUAUAGAGAUUAAUUAUUAUUUACUAAAUUAAAAAUAAUGGCCUUUAAAAACAACUUCAUUUAAUUUUUUUAAUAUUUAUAAUGUUACAUGUUAUAUCAAUAAUUAAUUUCCAAAUAAAAUGGUUUUUAUAUAUGCUAAAUCUGUGUUGUCAGUUACUUUUAAAUAAACAAAUAAAGUAUAAUAAUAUGUAUAAUACUUUAUGAUAGAUGAAUAUAUUUAAUAAUAGUUACUUUUGUUAUUUUUAGUAUUUUUGUUUAUACAUACAAAGUUUGUAAAGAUGAAUUUAGAUAUUGAUGAAAUUCCCGGUAACACACAGACACCAAUAAAAGUAUAUCCUGACGAACUAAAAAAGUUUCCUCAAGGUACCUAUACCCAAUUCAUUUCUGUUAGGAAAAUCAGUUAUUUAAAAUUUAUAUUUUUUUUCAGAUAAAAUGAUCAUAAGAAUAAAAAAACAGGAACCAGAAAUAGAUAUUAUGAGUACUAAUGAUUCUUCGAAUCAAGAUGACAUUGUGUAAGUAACAAUGAGGUUAUUUUAUUACUAUUAAUUAAAUUUGCAUUUUUUUUUAAUUUUAUGUAGAUCAUAUACUUGUGAAUUUGUUCAGAAAGUUGAUCUAACUGAAUCUGAGUAUAGCGAGUUUGGUGAAGAAAUUGAUACAGACCGCCAAGAUGAAAAUUUUAGUAAGUAAUUUUAAUGGGAUAUUGUAAACAAUUUGUUUUUAAAAAAUCAAACUGAGUCUAAACAUUGUAUAAUAUACAAAAUUACUUUCUACUUAUAAAAAAAUAUUUAUUUUUUUUAAAAUUAUUUUUACAGUUUAUCCAAAAAUAACUCACUCAGAAGAAGAAGACAUAAAUGACACUACAUGGCUUCCACCCAAUAAUUUAACGCCUAGAGAGCGCAAACUUAUUGAUUGUGUAUAUCCAAAAAUUGAAAAGCCAGUAUCAAAGAAAAAUAAAUCCAAAAAUAAUACCACUAAAGAAUCAUGCGUAGUAUGUUUAUUUAAUUAUAUUGAAUUCAUGAAUUAUUAAACACUAAUAUUUUUGUUAAAUUAAUUUUAAUUAGAAAAAAAAUGGUUUACCCCGACCUAAACAAGUUCUAGAAUGUAUUAAUGUAAAAGCUGUAAAUGGAACAACAACAAAAAAAGACUGCGAUUCUCUCAGUGUUAAAGGUCUGUGAAUAUAGAUUUUUUAUUCGUGUGCCGAUUUAAUUUAACUUAUUUUUUCAUGCAAAAUAAAUUAUAAUAUUCUUUUUAAAUUUAGUUUGCAAACCAAGGAAAGGUAUGUCCACUGCGAAACAACGAUUGGGCCGUAUUCUAAAAAUUCACAAAAUGAGGAAGUAAUCACUACAGAUUCUAUUAAUAUUGUCCAGUGAUGUAAUUGAGUGCCAAAUUAUUCAUCAUUUAAUAAACAUUAAUUUUAGUUGCAAAAAAAUUAAUGCAAUAAAGUUGUAUAUAUAGAUUUCAAAUAAAAUUACUAAAAAUGAAGAAUAUUUUUGAUUUAAUUAAUCAAAAAUGAAGUAACUAAAUUGUUUUUAAGUAUUCUUUUCUCAGUAGUCUGCUUAAUAAUAACUAUUAAAAUAGUUUAUAAUAUAAUAUAAUAAUUUUAAA